GGACACAAAGAUUAGCUGCGAGAAAAGAUAAGUGUUAUUUAGAAGGACUUUUUCACGUUUCUCGUCCAUUAUGAGAGAGGAAUUAGUGUGGGCCUGCAAGAAUGGAGAUCUGGAUCAAGUCAAAGCUAUCGUUGGAAAACCGGGUUUUGAUAUAAAUGCAGAGCUGCUUGGUGGAAGAAAUGGCCUUCACUUUGCUGCAGAUUAUGGACAAAAGGAUGUAAUUGAGUUUCUUCUUUCAAAAGGAGCAGAUAUCAAUCGUCCUGACAAAUAUGGAAUAACUCCUUUACUGGCAAGCAUUUUUGAAAGUAAAACAGAGUGUGUCAAGUUGUUGCUUCAAAAGGUAAUAGGCCCUUUGAACGAUCCGGGCACAUGGUACGGAAUUAAUUAUGCUGGGACGCACAGUGGGACUUCAAAACAAAGGAAAGUCGAGCGGGACUGGUACGAGUUCCUUUGUUUUGGAAAUCCCACUGUGUAACCUGCGUCCCAGCAU